AUGCCAGCCAUACGCGGACAGGACUCGAAGAAAAAGACUCGCCGCCAUACCCGCGACCUCGACCAGAUCCACGCCGACCUGCGCGACGAAAAGCAUCUCGCCGCCUUCAAGAAUGAGAAGCCCAUAGAGGACCUGCCCGGCCUGGGCCAGUACUACUGCAAGGAAUGCGCAAAGUUUUUUGAGAGCGACGCCAACCUCGGCGCGCAUCAGAAGGGCAAGGUGCAUAAGCGGAGGGUCAAGCAAUUGCGCGAAGAGCCAUAUUCGCAAAAAGAAGCAGAGGCGGCCAUUGGCCUCACCACCAACAACGGAACCCGCACAACCGCUCCAGCAGCGCCCAUGGAGGUCGAUCAGGUCGCAUCCGCUUGA